UUGUCAUAACAAUGUUUUUCCUUAUCUAAAGACCAUGAUUCUUGCGAAUAAGUUCGGCAUAAGGUCAGGUCUUAUAUGCCACUCCUCCAGCGAUUCGGAAAGCCUUUUAUCUAAACAAUCGACUCGGAAUUCAACUAAACCUUUAAAUUUUGACAUUACUCACAUAUUCACUGGAAUCAACUCAAAAUUUUUGGUAACCAACUGGAAGAACUCAUCCUCCGCCCCAAAAACCGGAAAAUAGGAACCCAAAUCCCAAGCCAAGUUACAGGAAAUGGAGCCAUGUGAUCCGGGACCAGAGAGAGUCAUGCGGCAGUACCUCUCCCAGCUGCUGGAGACGGGCACCACCCGCUCCACGGGCUGCCUGGACCGCUUCGUCAUGAAGGGCAUGACCAAUUUCCCGCCCCCAUCCUCCUGCCUCGAGGGCAAGGCUUCCCGUUGCUCUCUCUUCGAGCAGCUCCUCUGCGGCGGAAGCCGGAAAUCGGAGCGCUUGCUGGUGCCAGAUCUGGCCACCGAGUGGUUCCGCAAGCAAAAAGUCUUUCUGGACAAGCUCACGCCCGAGGAACUGGACGCCCUGAGCGAUGGAUUGGCCGGCAAGGAGAGCGAAAAGUCAGGGCGGGAUCAGAAGCAGCAGGUACAACGUCGUUGCCGUUGUCCAGGCGUAGUGGCCAGUCAAAAGAAGGAGGCAGAGGCUUUGGUGGGCAAGGUGGCCGCAUGUAUUCCCACCACGGAGCCCCGAGCGGGUAACAGUAAUCCCUUCCUGAUCGGUCAACACUCCCCAACGGAGGAGAUGCGCGGCAAGAGUCCCAGACGUGGGAGGAAGCACCACUUGGACGGGGCCAGACGGGGCAGCUGCUCCUGCCUGAAGCGACGGGCGGGCUCAUCCUGCAGCUGCCUCUUCCAGGCCGAUGGACAGCCCAUGGGCAGCGAUUGCCUGGCCGCCCGCCGGACGGAGCCGCUGUUGCCGCGCCUGCGCCGCAAGUUCGACCUGCGCCAGGCGCCCCAACGGCGGCUCGAUCCGGCCCGCUUCCGCCGCAUCUCGCCGGAGUUCUUCCGCAUCCUGGCCAGCUACGAGGAGGCCAUGAGCGAGAGCUGCCCGCUCUACGGCGUCUCGAUGCACCACUGGGGCGACACGAAGGCCUGUUGUCCGUGCGGCGAGCGGCACCCCCAGUUGAGGCAGCGCUUCCUGGGCGACGAUACGGUGGCCACAGCCGUGGUGCCUCCCACUUAUGCUCCACUGGAGUCCCGGCCUGAAGAGGAGUACAACUACAGCGCCAGGCGGAAUCAAGAGAAGGAGGGUGGUCGGGGGUCCAGCCCGAUUGCCAGGAAAAAUCCCGAGAAGAAAAGUGUCAAAUAUGCCAAGGAACCAUCGGACAAAAAGGGCAAGAAGCAGUGCACCAACGAAACCUGCCUCAAUGACGAGUGUCGUGGAACCAAGGGCAGCGGAAAGGAGGCCAAGGAGGAGGCCUUUUCCUCGGGGGAUGAGCGAUCGCCGCAAAAGCGCGGGAAGCAGGAGGGGAAGGCGGCGAGCCAGGAGGUCCGGCAGUUGGACAGCAGGCAGUCCCUUCAAUCUUCCAAUCCCUCCGAGAAGCCCCCGACUGAGAGGCGACUGUGGCGCAGAGGCGACCAGCAGGAGAACAGGCAGACGAAUCCCCCCGAGAGGCGGAGAAAGUUUCCCAACUGCUUCCGCCGGCAGCCGCAGUCAUAUACGACUGCCUGUGUGCCCACGAACUUUGCUUCGCCUCCCAAUCACCAGUGUGCCUAUGCAACAGCUCUUCCAUGUGCUCAGCAUGCGGCUCAUCCUCCUCCCGCCAUGCCCCCCGAUGGGGCAGAGAUCCCUUGUGGCCAUCAACCCAAGGGCAUCCUGGGUGGCUUCACGGGCAUCUGCAAGCGCUGCAUAGAGCCGGGUCGCCACCUGCUCUACAACCUGAACGCCAACUACCAGCAGAACCGGGAGAGGUAUGGUCAAAUCCGUCAGAACAAGAAGAGGUCAAAGGAGGAGCGGCCGGCACGGGACAUCUUUCACAUGGCCUCCCAGCCGGCGCCGUGCAGUUGGCAAAAGUCCAAGGGGAAUUGGGUUGAGGAGGAGGACAGCAGCACCACGCUGACGCCUCAGCGGUGUCCACAGGACUGCACAGCUAAUCAUGUCCAGGCGAAGAGCGAGCAGUCCCUGCCCUUUCGCACGCCCACCAGCGAUCGCACCUUGGCCGGCUGGAAUGCAACGAGCAACCCGGAUGAGCAGACAUGCGAUCGGCAGUUGGAGAUGAGGCAAUGCCAAGCGGACUGCAAGUGUGGUCUUCCGCAGGAGGCCUUCCAGCUGCCGCCCGCCUCCAGGUGCACUUGUCCGCCGGAUCGGCCAGCCCAGCAGUUGCUGCAGAGCUCCGAGGUGUCCAAAACUUCAGCGGAUCCGGGCAAAUCCUCCAGCGAGGCGGAGUACGCCAAGUGCGGCCAUCGAGUGAGGGCCGUCUAUUUGGCCAAUGAUUUCCAUCAGCUGAUGCGGCGGGUGGCCAGGAAGAGAACAAGAGCCAAGGCCUCGGUUCCCAAGCCAUCUCCAAAUAGAGUUCUUGCCAAAACGAAAGAGUCACCAGCUGUUUGUCCCAGAACUCAGGUGGUCCAGCAGCCUGAAGCUCCAGCGGCAUGUCCUGCAAGCAAAUUCCAACCCAAAAUCCCUAUGAAACCUAGGGUUAGACCGAAACCCAAACCCAAGCCAAGGAUCCUGUCAGAAGAAUCGAAUACCACCCAGGUGGCCACCGAAGUACCCAAGUUGAAGCCUCUCCGGAAGGUCAGGAAAAGGAGGGUGGAUCGCGGGCCCAGCAAGGAGUCCCUGAAGGCAGCCUCUUCGACCAGCCUGGGCGUCUGCCAGGCGCAAAGUGAUAUUCCCUCCAUAGGGAGCGCGCCUCAGGAGUCCAGUUGGAAUACCCCAGCCAAAGAGGCACCAAGGAGCACUUCGGCACAAAGGAAUCGAGAGCAGCGGUCUCCGGCUUCCAAGCCGCCAAAGAGGAGUCCGAGCAGGAGGUCAAGUCAGAAGAGAAGGUCAUCCUGCUGCUCCUUCUGCAGUUUGCAAGGCAGAUCUCGGCGAGAGCGUUCCUCCAAGGGGGAAGACACUACCGCCUGUCGCAAACCCAAGUCCAGGGCAAGCUCCAUUUCAGAGGCGCCCAACAUGUCGGACGCCUCCUGCUGGACAGAAAGGAGCCGGUAUGACUAUGUCAGGCAGAAGCCGCCAAAGAAGCCGGAUCGCAGGCAGAGAUUCCAGUCCAACUCUUCGUAUCGCUCCUGCUCCGAAGCCUACACCAGUGAGUACUCCAAGGUGUGGGAGGAGCGGGAGGAUCCCUGCCAGUGUUCGCCCUUGAAGUCGGCCAUGAAGAAGUCACCUGUCCAAUGGCAGGCAGAUCCCCCGCAGAGGAACUCCUACCCCGCCACUGCACCCUCGCAUUUGGAGACGGGUCGACGCUACUACACGGACACACAGCCGGGUGGUGGGCAGGAGGUUGGCACCCGCUGCAGCUGUCGCUCACUGCGCUCCACCAGCUCCAUCCGGGCGCUCAGCUCCAACACGGACAGUGUGCGGUGUCCCUGUGCUCCGGCUCCGUCGGUGGCCAGUGUGGAGCCUACCGAAGAGGUGGCGCCGGCGGAGGAGGUGCCGGAGCAGGCGGGGCAGUGUUUCUGCUGCAGAUACCAGGAGCCCUAUCUGCAGACCACUUCCUCCCCGCCUUCUCAUCCUUCUCCUCCGCCGUGUGCCCACUUCCAGUCGUGCUCCUGCAGCCGCCGUCCCAAGGCCAAGUUCUUUAGCGAAACCCUGAGGUGGGAGCCACAGCAGCACCACCAUGCCCGCACUCUGCUGCGCACCCAACGGCCUCCGCCGCCGAAGCACCAGCAGUUGGCCAGCUAUCCGCAGUACCAGGAGCAGGAGCAGCAGGACAGGCAGUGGGUUCCCGAGUACCAGACCCCUUGUCGCUAUCCAGAAGUCACUAAUCAAAGAUGGGAGGACCAGGUGGAGGACCAGCAGUAUCAUAACUACAACUACAACUCCUAUCCUUGUCAAAGCAACUGCCUCAAAGGCAGGGGCAGGGAUCGAGCUGGAGCCAUCACAGCCGCUGCUCAGGGUCUGCGAGGAUUGGUGAAGGCUCUGGGAGGAACUCGUUAUCGACCGAGGCACAAUCCUCAGCCGGAUUACUAUCAGCCAACUGGCUAUGGUGAGGCACGGGUAGACAAUGGUGGCACUGCCUUGCCACCCACAUGGCCACCCAAUGAGCCACCAGUUUCUAGAGAGGAUUCUCCCAUUUACAUGGGAGCUUCCACCUCGGCCUUCCCACCCAGAAACAACCACUCAAUAAGUCCAGAUUUCAACGGGUAUCCAAGAGGAACAAAUGUGGAUAGGGAUGAUCCAGGGAACUACCUAUCGGUGGAUGAAAGAUACACAAAGUCCUAUCUAAGAGGAAACAUGGAGAGGGAACCCUACUGCUUCAGGAUGAAAGGUGGAGGAGGUGGGAUCAUAGGGGAUCCCUCAGUGGGGCAAAGGCAAAGAGGAGGAUCCUCUGGAUUUCAUAUACUUGAUUCCCAAGUCGAGUCUCCUUGUAGGAGAACCAAAAGAGCCCGACAAACUGGAGGAGCCUCACUCGCCCUCGAUGAACAUGCAACUGCUCCUAGUCCCACGCCACUUGCCAUCUUGCUGGACAGUUUGAGGGCAAAGCAUGCUGCAUCUGAUAUCCAGAUUAGAAACACCCAGCGGAUUGGCAGCCAAGAGCCCAGAAAGGUGGCCACAUUGGAAAGUCUCCCUAAGCCAGCGGAGAGCCACGAAAAUACCACCCCCAGUGACGACGACACGGAUGCGGAUGACAGCCUGGACUGGAGGAACAGACUGCCCAGAGCCCCGGAGGAGACCAUGGUCUUUCCAUCCACCUACACGGGUCUGCUGGAGGAGCAAGUGCUGGGCGAGUAUCUGCCCAGUCCGCGGUGCAAGCGCAGGUCAUAGAUGCUACCUCGGCAGCAUUUUAAGGGAUUUGUGUAAAUGUGGAACGAGUGUUAAGGGAAGUACUCAUUUGUCCAAUUAAAGAUCAUUAUAAAACAUCA